AAGGAGUCCCAGUUAAUAAGCAAAUACAGAGGGAGUAAAAGGUGGGGAUGGGCAUGCGAGGUAGAAAAAAGGAUCCACGAUAAGCAUGACGCUCUGCCCCGCAUGACGGUGGCCACUUCUUCCCGGCGAAUGUCGAGAGCGAAUGGCUUGUGAGGCUGGGAAGGCUGCAGGCGCUUAAACUUCACAAGGAUGAGCACCAGUGGAAUUAAGGAAGUGUUGGAGAGUAACUAUGGUCAAAUAGUGGAAUGCCUCAGUCCGAAAGCUGACCACGUUCUUGAAGAGGCUAAGGGCAUCCUUAGUAAGAAGGAACUGGAUCUGAUCAUGAGCAAAAGAACAAAUGUGGAAAAGGUUUCAAUACUGCUAAACAAAUUGAUGACCAAAGAUAAUGAGACCUGCAAGAAAUUCUUUGAAACUCUCAUUAUCAGGAUACAGGAUGACAUAUUUCCCAUGCGCCUGGAGAAUUUGUUUAUGGCAGCUGAAGAUCAUGAAGUUUUGUGGUCACGGGAGCUGAGUGAAUCAAAUUCCAGUGGUGACGCAAACUCUGAAGCAGAAUUAGUUGCAGCAGAUAAACCACAGACUGGAAGAAAACGUAAAGCAGCAAAAGUGGCAAACCAGAAAUCUACCAAAGUAAAACGAGUGAGAAAAGCAAAUUCUUGCCAAGCUAGAGAAGUAAAUUCCAGUUCUACAGCUCCCUUCACAGAGUCUCAAGAAGUGGACAUGUCAUUUCAAGCAGGAGAGGAGUAUUUGAAUUUGCCAGCAAUGUCAGACUUUGCAGAAGAUUACAAAUCGUUAAUGGUAAAGUGUGUCUCUGAGAAGUAUGAGGCCAAUAUGGCGAAAGAAGACCAAAUGAAACAAGUAAUCAUUGACCAGACGUUUAGGAGUCUGACCAUGAAAGAUGGAAAUGUGGCCAAACUGAAGGAGAGAAUCGAUGCUAGCCGCGAUGAUGUACUCAGUUCACCAGGGCUUGAAGAGAAUCAGGACACAGUUGCAAACCUAACAGAGUUCCUGAGCAAAAAACACGUCUCCAACUGUAGAGUGCACAUCCUACUUGGAAAAGCAGGAACUGGAAAGACAAAGUUGAUGCACAAAGUUUGCUACGAGUGGGCACGAGGGACUCUCAGUCAGUUCCAGUAUGUAUUUUUAUUUGAGUUUCGCCAACUCAAUCUGAUCAAUAAGAGCAUAGAUCUGAAGAGUAUGCUGUUUGACUUGUUCCUUCAGCCACAAAGGAACUCCCAUGCUGUAUUUCGAUUCAUCAUAGGAAAUCCAGAGAAGAUAUUAAUCCUGUUUGAUGGCUUCGAUGAGUUUGUGGGGAAGGCCUCUGUCCACACCGCCCCUGUUUCCAAUGACCCCAUGGCUCCACUGUCAGUGGGACAGUUAUUUUCCAGCCUGUAUAACGGCAAACUGCUCCCAGGCUCUACGAUCCUAAUAACGUCCAGACCAAAAGACGUCCUCUCCUUGCCUUUAGAUGUGGUGGGUCAAGUGGGAGAAGUCUCAGGGUUCAACCAAAGUAAAAUCGAAGAGUAUGCACGUCGAUUUUUCAGAGACAGUAAACAAAAUCAUCAAGCAAUCUGCCACUUGCAGAAGAAUAGGAAGAUUUUAAACAUGUGCUACAUUCCUGCCUUGUGCUGGAUAGUUUUUCUCUGUCUUGAGCGCUUGUUAACUCCUCGAACUGCAGAACCCAAGCUACCUCAUACAAUGACACAGUUCUACAUCAAGAUGCUCACCGUAUUUUUAAGCAAGGGUACCACUAGUAAGCGGGCUAGAGCUAAUGCUGAAACACGGUUACUAAACAAACACAGAGAAGAUAUUCAUGGACUUUGCGAACUUGCAAUAAAAGGGCUGCAAGAGAGUAAAUCUGUAUUUUAUUUGCGAGACCUCCUUUCUGAAAAAAUCAUUGACUUUGCUUCUUUGUAUGGAUUUCUUACCACUUUUGAAGUGAAGACAAUAGAUCAGAACCAGGAGAAUGGACAUGCCUUUAUCCACCUGACCCUGCAGGAGUUCCUGGCAGCACUUCACCAGAUGAUUGACAACACCAUUUCUGACCAGGUGCUAAAACGCACGUUUUCCCUCAAGUCAAAAUGGACAUCAAAGAAUGACCUGAGAAAUGAGUUCACCGCAGCCGUUCAUGUAUUUUUAUCCGGGUUAGCGUCGAAGGGAUGUAAGCAGUUCCUCAGUACAUUAGCAAACAAGAAUGAAGCAUGGGUGCAAAUGAAGCAAAAGGCAAUUUUACAGAACUUGCAAAAGUUGGCAACCACAAACCUAACUGGGCCAAAAAUAAUCGAGUUGUGUCACUGUGUGUAUGAAACACAAGACUGUGACCUUGCGCAGGAAGUUGCAGCACAGUUAAAGUCCAAGUUUGAGCUUCGAAACUUCAGGCUUACUCCCGCAGAUAUGACUGUUCUGACAUUUGUGAUAAAUAGUGGAGCCAGCUGCAUCUCUCUGGAUAUUGGAGGCUGUGCCAUGGAUCUUGAAUGUGUCGCCAUUCUAGGAACUUGCAAGAACAUAGAAGUUCUAGUUUUCAAAAGCAGAAAGUAUGAGGACAGGUUUGCUGGAACGCUAUCUGAAAUCAUUCCUAAAGUCAGCAGCUUAAAGAAGCUGAUCCUUACAUCCUGUAGUAUUAGUGUGAUGGGUAUUACCCCCUUGGCUUCUGCACUGAAAAUCUCUCAUCACUUGGAAGAAAUAAACUUGCAAGAUAAUGAACUCGGAGAUGCUGGCAUUACUGUACUUGUUGACGUGCUUCCUGAAAUGGGAAGUCUGAGAAAAAUUGAAUUAGGUGACAAUAAUAUCACUGUAGAUGGAAUUCUUAGAAUAGCAAACACUAUAAACACCUGUUCAAAUAUCCUGGAUAUCCAUGUCAGUGAUGGUGGGAAUGUUGCAACAAUUCGAUUUUUCUCCCGCUCAACCAGCAACCCAAUUAACAGCUCUUUAUCACCUUUGAUGGAAUGUGAAGGCAGCCACGAGACACUACUCAGGAAGCUAAGCCUUGUGAGCUGCAGAUUAGCAGCACAGCAUGUACAUGCCCUCGGUGAAAUCCUACAGCGUUGCCCCUUGCUGGAAUGUCUGGACUUGUCUGGCAAUGAACUGAAAGACCAUGGGCUAAGAAGACUUGUUGAUAUCCUCCAAGAUUGUCAUAUUUUCAAACUGAUUAACCUCAGCAACAACAGCAUCUCAGAAGAUGGGGUUCUUUGCUUGGCCUCAGUACUGAAGAAAUGCCCCUGGAUGUCUGCGGUCGAAGUGAGCCUGAAACACAACCAGACAGUGUUACUUAAAUUUUCAGAACAAAACAAGGACACUGAAGUGAGAGAUGAACUGAAUCCCCAGCCGAUGGUGUUUAAAUUGAGUGGCACUGGAGAUUCAAAGAUCGUGCCUGCGCCACUGAAGAAACUAAGUCUGACCAACUGCUGCUUUCAACUGAAGCAUUUGGAAGAAUUGGGCUCUUCACUAGAGAACUGCAAUGAUCUAGCAGAGUUGGACUUAUCAAAUAAUGCACUUGGAGAUGGAGGAAUUGAAAUGUUUGUCAAGCUCUUACCAAAGCUGCAGGUUUCAAGACUAAUCAACAUCAGCAAUAAUUUCAUCUCGUUGGCUGGAGUUCUGUGCUUGGCUGGGUGUCUGAACCGUGUCAGAAACAUAACGGAGGUGGAAGUGAGUCUGGGGAAGAGUGGAAAAGGAUUAAUUAAGUUCCAUGGGAAAUGCAGACUUCAAAGGGUAAACGAAUUCCAAGAAUCAGCAUUGUCAUUUGAAACACAACAUGGAAAACAAGAUAUAUCUGUGUCAAAAAAAAUUAGACUUGAAGAUUGUAAAACGGAUGUUGAAACUAUGGGAAACCUCUGUUUGAUACUUGAACAGUGUUCUGGACUUACAGAGCUUGACUUGUCAAAUAAUGCACUGAGUGACGACGUCAUCACAGAACUACUGAAUCAUCUGCCAAACCUUCGUGACUUGAAGAUUUUGACCAUUACAGAUAACAUUAUUUCACCGGAGGCUAUCCUUUUGCUGGCUAAUUCUCUGAACAUCUGUGAAAAUGUGUUGAAAGUAGAAGUCAGAGCAAGUGGGAGAGCCUCAAUAAGACUUGAGAAGAAAGUUUACAGUCUUGAAGGAAAUGGGAAGAAACCAGAUCCCUUUCCCUCACAGAUUCUCAGUCUGAAGGAGUGUAACCUGGACAGGAAGAGUGUAGAAAGUCUAUUCAAGAUUCUCAAACACAGCAAAGACCUGACUGAGCUGGACCUGUCCUGCAAUUUACUAGGAGAUGAGGGAGUGCGGUAUUUGCGGGAUUCCUUACCAAAGCUGCAAGUUUUAAAAGUAAUCGAUGUUAGCAACAACAGGAUCUCCCCAGCUGGUGUUCUGUACCUGGUGGAAUCUCUGCAUACCUGCAGCAAUGUGACAGAGGUUGAAGUGAGUUUGGCUUCACCUGGAAGAUCCCUAAUAAAGCUUGCGAGGAGAUAUGAAAAGAAAGUGUGCAGUGUGAAGGAGUGUAAAUUUAAAGAGAAGGAGCUCUUCAAAUUAUUCUCCAUUAUUAAACAGUGCACCCAUCUGACAGAACUGAACCUGACCUGCAACAUGAUGGGGGACGAAGGUCUACGCAGUUUGAUAGAAGUUGUGACCAAUCUCAAAGACUUAAAGGAACUCAACCUACAGAGGAAUGGAAUUUCUCUUGCUGCAAUGGAGAAUCUCUUGGAGACAUGUAUGGUUUGUCCUAAAGCAUUAACAGUCAGGUUUGAAGAACAGUGGAUUACUGGUGAAGAUGCUGCCAAUCUUCUACAAUGUAUCUGUACUCAUCUGAAUGUCGCGGACAUUGGUGUGAAGAAGAAUACGGUUUCAAUAAGACUAGUUGAAGAGGGUUGGCGACUUGCUGAUGAUGACAGCACCAGAUUAGACCCUGGAGCACAGCAUCCAUCUUUACAAUCCAUCAGUUUGUACGAGUGUGGAAUUGAGGCUCCGCAGCUCCUUCGCCUCGCACCCAUAAUUAAACAGUGUUCAGGCCUGGAGGAGCUCCAUUUAUUUCGAAACGAAAUCGGCAACAAAGGAGCGGAAAUACUGGCUGCGAUCCUUCCUGUGUUCCAGAGGCUGAAGAAGCUGAGCCUCGAAGCCAUCAACAUCAACUCUCAGGGGAUAGUGACCCUCGCAGCAAGUCUCUGCAAAUGUCGCAACAUCAAAGAGAUCAACUUGUCACAAAACGAACUGGGAGAGGAGGGAGCAACCGAACUGGGGAAAAUCCUACCUAGGCUGGAACAGCUGAAGAAAAUCAACUUCUCUGGAACUUCUACAGCUGCAGGUUUGGUCGGAACGAAUAGACUGGUCACGGGACUCAGUAACUGCACGAUACUGGAGGAGAUCAAUUUGGAUUCGUUGACACUGAGCGACAGCGGGGCACAGCUGUUAGCCGACAGGAUGCUAAAGAUGGCCGGGCUGAAGAAACUAAAUUUGAGGUCAAAUUCCAUUGGUUGGAAAGGGGCAGCCCAUCUGGCGAGUGGACUGAAAAGCUGUCCUGCAAUUGUGGAAAUCGACUUAUGUGGCAACACCAUCGAAGAUCUGGGAGUGAUGAAACUUGCUGAUGUCCUUCCUGUGAUGAAGCAUUUGAAGAUAUUGAACUUGACUCAGAACAGCAUCACAGCGACCGGUGGGGAGAGGUUGGCACAAGCUCUCAAACAGUGCCCAUCGGUGGAAGAGAUUCACUUGUCCACAAACAAGAUUGGCGAUCAGACUGCAAAGAAAUUGUCAGAAGCCCUGCCCAAGCUGCCCUGUUUAAAGACUUUAAACCUCCAUUCCACUGAGCUCACUUCUGAUGGUGGAGAGAUCCUGGCACAACAUCUUGCACUGUGCUCAAGUAUCGAAGUAAUAAGUUUACCUGAAAACCACUUUGGGAACAAAGGAGUGAUGGAGCUCGCAAUGGCUCUACAAAAGAUGACAUCUUUAAAAACGCUGGACCUGCGGCUGAACAGGUUUGAUGACCGUGUUGCAGCGGAGCUCACAGCUGGACUUGUGUGCUGUCCCCGUAUUGAAGAGGUCAUCCUAUCUUGGAAUGAUAUUGGCGACGAGGGUGCAGUGAGGCUGGCUGAUGCCCUACCAAGAAUGCUGUGCUUGAAGAAACUUGAUUUGGAAGGAAACAAAAUCACAGCAGCUGGAGCAGAAAAGCUAGCAGCAAGUCUCCAUCAAUGCUCCUUUGUUGAGGUAAUUCGAUUGUGGAAGAACAAUAUAUCGAAGGACAGGGAACAUAGUCUUCAGGAACAGGAUUCCAGAUUAAAUUUCCUCUCCGUUUAGAAUAGCACUUAAAAUGUAAAUGAUAUAUGUAAAUAUUGUAUGCAGUAUUAAUGGAAUUGGAAUUUGCACUAUUUCUUGUACUUUGUUUUCAAUAUGAAUCUUAAUUAUAUUGAUUGUAUUU